UAACAGGCGAGGACUGGAAUGAGGUGAUGUACAACGGGAUAAAAUCCCAGGGCGGAGUAAACUCAGGAAUGUGGUCAUCUGUCUACUUUAUUGUCCUUACACUCUUUGGAAACUACACCUUGCUCAAUGUCUUCUUGGCCAUCGCUGUGGAUAAUCUCGCCAAUGCCCAGGAGCUGACAAAGGAGGAGCAGGAAGAAGAGGAGGCUAUCAACCAGAAGCAUGCACUGCAGAAAGCGAAAGAGGUCAGCCCGAUGUCAGCACCUGGCUUCCCAUCAACUGAGAGGGAAUUUCGGAGGCACAAGCACAUGUCUAUCUGGGAGGCCCGAACCAGCCAGUUGAGGAGACGGAUGCAGAUGAGCAGCCGCGAGGCUCUUUUUGCUGAGGCUUUGCAAGGCCUGGAGGGUAGCAGGUACAGGAGGCACCGUUCCAGGGUCUUUGAGAGUGAGAGCAUCCGGCGGCUCGCUGAGCAGAGGGCCAGGGAGGCCGGAGAAGGAGAGGCCGGCAAGCGAGAGGGCUUCAAGAGUCUGUCGCUUCGCAACAACUGGCAGCCAGUGGGAGACAACAAGGACAGCCCUUCCCCCAAAGUCAACGGAGAUCAGGAGUGCAAAGCCUACAGCCGGCAGGCAGAGAGCGGGCAGGGCCUGGUGGUGGAUGAACCCGCGAGGCUGAAGAGGAGGUACCGGUCGCUCUACAAGGAAGCCAAGCUGGGGCUGGAGGUGAGCGACAGCAAAGAGGAGGGGUUGCUCCCGCCCAAGGAGCAGGAGGAGACAGGUCUGCCAAGCCCCAGCCCCAAGGAGAAAGGUGGCCGUGAGCCGACAAAGGCACACUCCUGGAGAGGGAGACCCCACACAAGCCGCCUGAAUCAGCAGUUGGGCACCAACACCAACAUGCCCGCCAUGCAAGUGGGGGCAGAGGGUGCUCGAGUCACAGAGAAUGAAAACGCGGACGGUACGCGAAACAGCAAGAUCGAUAAACAGCAAAUCAACGAGCAGACCAGCUUGCUCAAUCUGCAGCUGGAUCUGAAAAACAGGCCCGCCUCACCACAACUGACUGAGUCGGGAAGUUGCAGGAACCGGGAUCAGGAAAAGUCUCGGGAUCAGACCGAGGUCGACGUGGACUGUGAAAACACCGAGACCCCAAUGGAUUCCCUCGUUGGCCCAGGUAGGAGCAUGUCCAUUUGCUGAGGGGCGUUUGGAAAGCCAUAAAUGUGUUCGACCUCCAACCCCAACACAACUCCCUUCCACCCCCUUCCCCACAAUCUGUUACUUCUCCCAAUCCGCUUGGCAAUGGGGAUCAAUGUGAAGGAUUAUUGGCGUAGCUAGGUUAAUCUGCUCCAAUCUC